AUGGAAGGCCUGCCGGCCGACGAUGAUUCUCCUCAGGCUCUCCAUGAUGAGCCUCCUUUACCCGCGAAACCCACGGAACACAUCCUGCCGGAGAAAGCAACAGAUGCCCCCCGCUCUGGGCUCGAUUUUCUUAGAACCAGUGGUGCUCCAGUAACACCAGAUGCACCUAGUAAGGAUCCCCCACCGCCCUCGCCUAGUCCCCCUCCUAGCACAGUCCGGGUGUCCCUUGGUCCUCUGUCAGCUUCUUCCACUCCCAAGCGAGCGCGAUCUGGGAAGUGGUCGCAGAAGAUUGCGAAGAGCAUUGAGUCCACCACGGGGGAUCUAAAGGAGUGGUACUUGUCUAACAACAAGCCGUUUGGAGGCGAGGUCAAGAGCUGGCUGGUCAAUUUUCUCAAGGUCCACAAGGAGGGUGGAGGCAAGCAGUUGUGCCGCCGAUUCGCCUGGGAUUGCGUGGACAACCUCAACAACCGUCUGGAGGACCUGGGGAAGCUGGGGCCGACGAAGCUGUUCCGGGCGGGGAAGUGGCCGAAGAUCAAGGCUCAGCGAGAGGAAAAGUGCCGUGAGUGGCUGCUCGGAUGCAGCAAGCUUUUCCGCAACAAGCUGCCUGGAUUCGACAUCAAGGCAGCUGAGAGGGAGCUCCCGACAUUCUGUGCGAUUAUGGAGACACACCACGAGCUGGAGAGCUUCUCGCAGGGGCUGUCCAACUUUCUCGGGUAUGCAGACUCCAAGAGGUAA